GCUGGGUAAAACGGCUGCAUAAAUGACACGACAAAGAGUUUUGAAUAAAGACAAAUUAGCGAAUGUAGUCUGGUCAUGCUGGUUCCUUGACAUGGAUGAAGGUUUUUUUAAGAAAUUAAUAUCCACAAUGGCCAGGUUGGGUAACCAGGCGUGACCGCAGUCAUCUUUCACUAAACUCGGGUAAGAAAUUAAUUCUGGUUAGGGCCUACUACGAUUCAGGAAUGCAUCUUUAAGGUCUGAAAGUCAGUUAGUUUCAUAAAGUGGACUUCGUUUCUAUAGAGUGCUAAAGGCUUGAGCUAUUCUCUGACCAAGAUGCAUCCCAGUUGCAGGACGGGGCUUCUCAUUUUGACAGCACCCGUCAACCAACUCAUCCAACGAAUCAGUCCAAUACUGUGUCAUGCUGCCACCUGCAUACGCGAAACACUUUACGUACAACUGCAGCCGGGCCUAGACCACGAACAGGAACCGUAUAAACAAAGUCUGCUUCCUGUCACUCGGGACGUCUGCACGACCAUCACUGCGAUCUAUGCGCAGUCGGCCGUGCAGGCUGGGCAAGAUGUGCGAGUCCUGCUAAACAACUUCAGUAAUCGGUCUGGGACCCCACCUCCGCCGAGAGUACUCCCCAGGGAAGUCGGCCUUGUGCUGACUGACUGCUCAUCACAGGGCUCGCUCCAAGCCCUGCUCAAGUCGUGGUUUACAUUUCCGACUAGUCCUGACAUUGAAAUCAUUCCCGAAUCUGUCUGGUUAAAAUCGCGGGAUGGCAGUGAUUCCAAUUCAGUCAUAAAUAGUUCUCUACCAGCUGAUGCCAAAAGUAUCAGUUCAGACUGCUCAGCAGUCAAAAGUUAUGGGAGUGUGGUUCUGGGUGGUACGUUUGACUGUAUUCACAUUGGACAUAAAAUCCUACUCAGCGAAUCGGCCAUAAGGGCAGAAGAGAAGAUAACAGUUGGAGUGACAGACAGGUCUAUGCUUAACCGGAAAACACUGCCAGAGUUGAUCCAGCCCUUGGACGCUCGCAUUGCAUCUGUCUGCGACUUCAUCCGUGACGUCAAACCCCACAUCCUACAGCCGGACUCCGUUGUGCCCAUCUCGGACCCUUACGGCCCCAGCAUCGUGGAUCCGGAGAUGAGGUGCAUUGUGGUCAGCGAGGAAACCAAGAGAGGAGGUGAUGCGGUGAACAAGAACAGACAGGAAAAGGGCCUGUGUGUGUUAGACAUACAUGAGAUACCUCUUGUUGAGGACAUCAAGCACGCUGCUCACGAAGAAGCCAAGAUAAGUUCCUCAUCACAGAGGAUGCGACUGCUGGGAACACUGCUCAAGGAACCUGUGAAGAAAGGCCUGUCCGACACCCCGUACGUGAUUGGUCUGACUGGCGGCAUAGCCAGCGGCAAGUCGGCAGUCUGCAAGCGGCUGGAAGGACAGGGUGCGGCGGUUAUCGACUGUGAUAAGCUGGGUCAUAAAGCCUACCUACCGGGCACCCAGGGCUUCAGGAGGGUAGUGGCAGAGUUUGGACAAGAUGUUGUCGGAUCAGAUGGCAGCAUCAACCGACGUGCCCUAGGGGCCAAAGUCUUCCAAGACCGGUCGCGCCUGGACCGGCUGAACCAGAUAAUCUGGCUGGAGAUUGCCAGCAUGGCGUGGGAGGAGCUGAGAGCCCUGGGGGCGGGGGGCUGCUUGGUAUGCGUUCUGGACGCAGCUGUGCUGCUAGAGGCUGGCUGGGAUGAGUUCUGCCAUGAGGUGUGGUCCUGCAUUAUUCAUCAGGACGAGGCUCUGAAGCGUAUUCUGGACAGAGAUCGCCUGCCAGAGGAGAAGGCUCGACAGCGAAUAGAGUCACAGCUCAGUAACCAGGAGCGCGUAGACAGGUCCAAUGUGGUCCUGUGCACCUUCUGGGAACCAGAGGUCACCCAGAAACAGGUGGAGAAGGCUUGGGCAGGGCUUCUGGGAAGACUACCAACUGGUGAAGGUGAACCCAAGCACCCUAAACUAUGAAAGCUAUAGACAUUUGAUGCAGGGAGAGGCCUUUGCUGUCAUGGGCAUGCCUGUGGCCAAUUGUGCCUAGAGAGCUUAAAACUGCGGCCAUUGUUGGUCUGUGCAGACCACCACACACAUUUUGCAAGCCUGCUUAUCUACGAUCUCUCAAACUCGACUAAGAAACAGUUGAGUAGCUACAAGAUGUCUCCAUGUGAGAAAGGAAGACUCCAGGCAUAUCUGGAAUUACGCACAGAUGUGCUUUGUGGACAUUCUGCUGAAAAGUAGUCAGGUGCCCUCUGUACCACUGGAUAUGCAAAUCAACAUGAAUUUGUGAUGUCACAGGCUGUCAUGGCUUAUUCAACUACACCAUCUACAGUCUCCAUAUCAUAACCAAAUCACCGAGUUGGCCCUUAUCAGAAAGAAAAACAGUUGGUAAACUAGUGGCAAGCAAUACAGUGUAUAAUCACCAGGCAUUUUUUCCAGGUAACUUGCACAGCUAAUGCAGGUUCUAAGCUCUAACAACAUUGUCACUUGGCACCGAGUAUCGGGCCUUAUUUCCUAAUGACCGCCCUUGUUGGCACCAUGCUGAGGGAAUAUUUCUUUCACUUACAAAAUCUGGACCAUGUUGUGGGUACACCGACCUGCUCCGAGAACCAAGUCGUAAGUCACCAGAGCAAGUUUUGAGUAACAGGCCUUCAAGAAAAUCUUGCACCAUGUAAAGUAAUUGGAACUGUCAAUAUUUCUUCACCCACACAGAGACACUAUUUUCAUGAAGCUGCUUGCUCUUUCCAAUGCAAAUUGAACCAAAUUUAUUGAAAAGAAAAAUGGCCUUAUUACUCAUUUUCAGAGCAACUUGUGUGGUUCCCCACAAUAGUUAUCGUACAGCUACAAAAAAGGACAAAACAGGGCGUGUGAGCGGAACACGUCCGACAAGCCUGCAGUUUGUACUCAACAGAAACGGACUGCUCAAUGUAUCACUUUAUGUUACUACACGUACAUGGAGGUGUCCCUAGACAUGCUUGCAAUUUUCUUCUCAGGCAGGAAGACUGGUCAGCAGGUGAUAAUUCACUUUAGUGUUUUUCCUAAAAUCUCAAUUUCCAGAAAUGUGGUUAACGUGUAGUUUUUGCCAGUAGCCCAGGGCACAGUAAUGUACGUUGUUUGAUUCUGUUAUCUAAGGGGCAUCAUCUCGAAACAAGCAUCAACUCUAACCCGCCCACAUCCUUGAAAUUCCAACGGGACAAUUUGGCAAGAAUGAGAAAGGCAGAGCCCAGGCCUUUACGUGACAUUGAGCAUAAUACUCGCAUGUAACCCUUUUAAAGCACAAGUACCAACGUUUUACACUUGGUUUCUUGCACCACUGGUGGAUUUUGGAUGAUCAGGGAAGGUUUAAGCAACAGUACCAGAACAGUCAGUCAAAAGUUUCUCCAGUCGAAUGUUUAAGGGUAUUUUUUUAAUGUUCCCAUCUUCACUCCAACUGAAGGUUUUCUCUUUAAUCAUAACCUCUGUUGAGUUCUUGAACAAAAAGGCAUAAGAAAACAUGAAGGUAACGUUUUAUUUCUAGAAAUAAAUACAGCAAUGAAUAUUGAAUAUUUUUUUGAUACAGGUGAAGUCCACAAAAUAAUACAUAAAGGGCUUUUGAUAUUUGCACAUGGUCCAUGAAUAUUAUUUGGUCAUGCUUUCACAUAAUGCACAAUUCUGCUUUUGUCCCAGUUUUGGCAGAACUGAAAAGUUUUGUCAGAGCUGAGAUACAAAACGUUCUGAAGGUCCAGUGUCCAUAAAAUAUUCAAGAUUUCAAGACAACCGUGUUUCAUUUGUUCAGGUCUAUGAAUUCUAUCCAUAUUCCGAUUCCUUCAGCAGUUGCACCUUGGUACAAUUAUUAGGCAAGAAACAUUUGAAUCGUCCAAUCAGAUCGACCAAAUAAAACUUUAUAAGAACAGCAUGGCUACAACAGUAAAAAGCUAUGUGUAUUUAAAAACAGAGCCUUCAUUUUGUUUUCGUCUGAAAGGCUGCUCAAAAUAUGAAUUGUAUAUACAUAUGAAAUAAUGUUCCACACUUCCUUAGACGUGGAGUGCUUGAAAUAAAGAUUGUCAUGUACAUUAACCAAUUUACAGUGGCCAUAACAUUCAAUUAACACAGCAUGUUGGCUUAUUUGUUGCUUCUAAUUAUGAAAGAAUCAUUUCUUGAAAAUGCCAACAAAUUUCAAAU